ACCACACCUAAAAAGGUCACGCAGACAAUCUAAAAGUCUCUAUCUCACUUGACGAGUCGCACACUUGAGAGCGAGACACAGCAGUGAACGAGUUGAUCAUAUUUUGGAAGAGUUGAAGACAGAAAAUACGACAUGCAGAGUACCGGUCAGCAAACUAUGGGUGGCUAUGGAGAUACAGUGUCCUUCAGCGAAGCUACUAGAGCCCAUGCCGCUUGUCAAGUGUUCCGUGGUCAGGCUGAAGAACGUGCCAACAAUGGCAAGCCCUUUCCCCAAUACACCCCUCUCACCUACCAGGCACAGGUGGUUGCUGGGAUGAACUACAAGAUUCGGGUUGAUGUUUCUGGACCACCGCCGGAGUGGCCGAAAGAAGCCGGUAUCCAUGGUAUCGGGCCGGUGAUGACGAAGAGCGUCCUUGAGAUGACGGUGUACUGGGGACUGGGGACAGCAACUCCUGAGCUGAAGGAUGCCAAGAUGCUGCUCGAGCCUUUAUAGAAUGCCGAUCUUCAAUCAUCGUAGCACAUAUUGAGCAAAUUGCCAUCGGCCGCAAAGCUUCUGAUAUAAUGCCAAUCCUAUUCUCGAUACUUUUGGUAAUGUUUACUUUCAGUAAAAUGCAAAUAUUCAUACAGCACUUGACCGCUAGAAGUAAGGUGUAUACAUUGAGCAUUGGAAGCCAACUUGUUGCAGAUAUCACUAUUGCAUAAGAGGUUUAUAAAGUUAAAAUUGACACCAAGCACAAUGUAUUAGCAUUCCAUGUUGUAUCCUUUUGCAUGUUAAAAUGGUUCUAUGUUGAAUAUCCAUUAGAGAGAUGUGGAUAUAUUUCAAAGAUCAAAGCUAGGGCUGCUCAUAUGCUGCAAAACACAUGGCUAAGAUUUUCUACCAGGACCAUGUCAAUGAUGUUUACUACGUUUUACAAUAAUCCAAUGUCUUCCUUGAUUUUAUAAAUGCGAUGCUUUAAUAAAGAUGGGAGAAAAUGUA